AUGAUGCAGGCUGAUAGAGAAUUCAAGAUCUUACACUUAAUUCUGACUUCUCAGUUUAAUUGUUUGACUGAAUGUCAGGUUCUACUGAAGAUAAAAUGUGAUUGCAAUCUUGCAAUUUCCACAACAAAUAGACAGGCUGUCUGUGUCUUUGAAACUGUAAGACUAGAAAUAACAAAUAAAGUUGUCUUCUCCAAAACAUAUAGUACUCUAUAUGUCUCAAGUAUCUUGGAUCUUGCAUGUUUGCUUGAGAUUUAUAUGCUGGUUUCUGCAGUAGUUAAGUUUCAAGUUGCAGAAACAAUAGUGAACCUCUCUGAAAUUCAAGCAUUCACUCUCAUUCAUUCUCAACAGCAAUUCAAUAGCCAAAAUGUUGGAGAUACAGAGCAUGUCAGUAUCAAAAAGAACAGCUUACAUCUUCUUAUGGGCUCAAUUGCACAACAUGCUAAAGACUCAAGAGAUAUUAUUCAGUUUGAAUACAAGUACCUGAACUGA